AAUGCAAUAUGGCAAGUUCAGUGGCCAUGGUAAUUUUCUGGAGCUUCUUGAGCCUUUCGCAUGGCCCAAUAUCCGUGGUGGCGCAGGACCAGUUCGUCAUCAAAGAAAUGAAAGUGGAGUGUCGUCGUCUGAUGUGCGGUGGAAAAUCGCGCUGUGUGUACAGAAGGAGUUGGUGCCGAUCACCACCCUGUCCCGGCAUGGUGUUUUGCAGUAAGGAGGAAAACAGCCCUGUACGAAUACCAAGCUCCUGCGACAGUGUGCGAUGCUCUCGAAGCUAUCAUUGCAGUACGAGAUACGUAAAAGACCAGAGGACAGGUCUCAACACAGACAUUAGAGCCCGCUGUAUCGCUGGAAGCGAGUUGAAAUUCCAGGCCGCAAGUUGCGCUGGAUUCAAAUGCCCAGGUGUUCAUCUGUCCUGCAUACUUCGCGAGCCAAAGUGCCGGGGGUUUCCCUGUCGCGUCCUUCAGGCCUGCAUACCGGAAGACAAAGCGGUCCGGUUCCACGCGCAGUGCAUCCACACCAACUGCUCGUCCCCUGAUCACUGCUUUCUUCGACAACCGCAGGGCUGCACAACCGUAAGCGGAUGCAGUCACGACGUGGCCUGUCUUCACAGGCUCGGAGAUAAAUUCCUGCACCCUGCAUGUCGUGGUGUCCUUUGCUCUGGCGGCUCGAAGUGCGAGCCCGUUUUCAAACCGUGCAUCACUGGAGGACCCUCGUGCAACGCGCGACCCGGAUGUACAUCUAAAUUCGGGAAUACCAGCAUCGCUGGUCACCCGAGCGUACCGCCUAGGGUCACUCCAGGAAUUCCGGGGAUUCCCGAAGCUCGACAGAUUCCUCAGUCUCCUUGAUGCCACCAGCUACAUACACGCGGAGGGAUCAGAGACCAUCAACCGUAUACG